AUGGCAAGGGCUAAUGGGGCGAAAAUAAAACGGGGGCGAAAAUUCCCCUAUAUACAGUAUGUAGACUGUAUCUUUUUUUCUGCUGUAGUUAUUCCUGUCGACUGUAAAGAUCUCCAUGAAGAUGGGCACACAGAUACAGGGGUGUACGAAAUCUAUCCCUAUGGUACCAUGACCAGUCCUCUCCGUGUUUAUUGUGAUAUGACGACAGUGGCCGGAGGAUGGACGGCAAUCCAAAAACGUGUCAAUGGGUCCUUGAGUUUUGACAGGAAUUGGACAGCAUAUAAAAAUGGUUUUGGUUCACCAGAACAGGAAGUCUGGGUUGGAAAUGACGUAAUACACCAGUUAACAAAAGAAAAGAACUCAUUCCUCUAUGUGUCUAUCACUCUCCAGAAUGGUACAACGCUGUAUGAAAUGUACGAUCGAUUCUCGGUCUCCAAUGAAACAGAGAAAUAUCAACUCUUUCUUGCAGGACCUGCCACGGGAACCUUAGGUGAGUGUAUUGAAGCUAGGCUCUUAAAACUGGGUCCCAAUUAA